CGGAACAAUGCAAGAGUGUGCUCUGAGUUUUCACGAAUCAAUGAUCCAAAAAGAAACCCUAAAGUUCACCAAAACGAAAAACGCAAUAGAAAAGCAAAAAAAAAAAACUUUUCAAAGUUCGAGUUGCAGAAAUCGCCGAUGAUAUCAGAGUAUUGUUCUCUGCGUAUCAUCAUGUUUAACUCUGUCCGCGAUUUUGGAACUGUGUUUUCUCCGGUUUCAACGAGCUUGAAAAAACCGGUUUCACAAAAAAAAUCCAGAUUCACGGUAACCAAUUUGGAUAAACUCAAAAACCAAACCAUGUUUUGGAUUUUACUUGGAUCCGUGAAUAUCCAAACCCUAUUUUGAAGUCACGUGAAUCAUUCCCAUUUCCCACCAUAUUUUCGUUUUCUUGUUCACAAAGAAUCAUUCUUCACAUAACCAUGUUUGUUUCCAAACUUUCUCACCCGUGCUAUCUUUUUGUCAAAAGUUCAUCCGUGAGUCAUUGUCCAAUCCAUUUUUGUUUUCUACUGCCUAUAUAUUCUCCGUCACAUGUUAGCCACUCUAAACCCAAUGCUGAAAAGUUUAGUUCAUUUUGGUUUUUUCUUUAUUUCUUAGCUUCUGAUUUGGUUCAAUUCAGUUGUAAAUUUCUGGGCUGCUUUUCAGUUCCAUUCAUUUUACCUCUACUUUGGUUGGUUCUCUGAAACAUGGAGGCUCUUGUAUAUGUUUGUGUGGCCUUCAUGCUGUGUGGUUGUGCUGCUGGAAGAGAAUGCACAAACAGUCCUACUCAGUCACAUACAUUGCAAUAUGAAUUAGGGACAUCAAAGAAUGAGACAUGGAAGAAAGAAGUGAUGUCUCACUAUCAUGUAACACCAACCGAUGAUUCAGCUUGGGCAGAUUUGCUACCGAGGAAGUUGUUAACAGAAGAGCACCAGCGUGAUUGGACUGUUAUGUAUCGGAAAGUUAAGAAUUUGGGUGUGUUUAAGCCACCUGUUGGAUUUCUCAAAGAAGUUCCUCUUGAGGAUGUGAGGUUACUGGAUGGUUCUGUUCAUGCUGAUGCACAGCAGACUAAUUUGGAGUAUCUGUUGAUGUUGGAUGUUGAUAGUUUGAUUUGGAACUUCAGGAAGACGGCUGGAUUACCAACUCCGGGUACACCUUAUGGUGGAUGGGAAGCUCCUGGUUUGGAACUCAGAGGACAUUUUGUUGGGCAUUACUUGAGUGCAUCAGCUCUAAUGUGGGCCAGCACAAAGAAUGAUAGUCUGAAGGAGAAAAUGUCAGCUCUUGUUACUGGUCUAUCCGCUUGUCAGGAAAAAAUUGGAACAGGAUAUUUAUCUGCAUUUCCAGCCGAGUUUUUUGAUCGAUUUGAAGCUAAUCAACCUGUUUGGGCUCCCUAUUACACCAUUCACAAGAUCUUGGCUGGCUUGUUGGAUCAACAUACACUAGCUGGAAAUCCUCAAGCUCUAAAAAUGUUGACAUGGAUGGUCGAUUACUUUUACAACCGAGUGAUGAAUGUAAUAACAAAGUACACUGUACAUAGACACUAUGAUUCCUUGAAUGAGGAAACUGGAGGAAUGAAUGAUGUCCUUUACAAAUUAUAUAGCUUAACGGGGGAUUCAAAGCAUCUAUUGUUGGCUCACCUUUUCGACAAACCAUGCUUUUUAGGUCUGCUUUCAGUAGAGGCAAAUGACAUAGCUGAUUUUCAUGCUAAUACACAUAUCCCAAUUGUUGUUGGAGCUCAAAUGCGGUAUGAAGUCACAGGAGAUCCACUUUAUAAGAAUAUUGGGACAUUCUUUAUGAGCAUUGUAAACUCUUCACACAGCUAUGCAACGGGAGGGACAUCAGUCGGGGAGUUCUGGAAAAAUCCAAUGAGAAUGGCAGACACCAUGUCAACAGAGAAUGAAGAAUCAUGCACAACUUAUAAUUUGUUGAAGGUUUCACGCCACCUGUUCAGAUGGACCAAAGAAGUCUCUUAUGCAGAUUAUUAUGAGCGCGCCUUAACAAACGGUGUACUCGGUGUUCAAAGAGGAACAGAUCCUGGCGUGAUGAUUUAUAUGCUUCCUCUAGCAAAUGGGGUUUCCAAAGCUAAAACUUUUCAUGGUUGGGGAACACCAUUUAAUUCAUUCUGGUGCUGCUACGGAACAGGAAUUGAAUCAUUCUCAAAGCUUGGAGAUUCUAUUUAUUUUGAAGAGGAAGUGAAUAAUCCUAGUCUAUACAUCAUUCAGUACAUAUCAAGUUCAUUUAAUUGGAAAUCUGGGAACGUUUUGCUCACUCAGAGAGUUGUUCCAGCUGCUUCAUCGGACCCUUACCUACGAGUUACAUUUACAUUCUCCCCUAACGAGAAAAAUGGGGUUUCAUCAACAUUGAACUUUCGUCUACCAUCUUGGACUCACACCGAUGGUACCAAGGCGAUAUUGAAUACUGAAACUUUAUCUCUGCCAGCUCCAGGGAAUUUUUUGUCAAUCACAAGGCAGUGGGGUACCAGUGACAAGCUGACCCUUCAAUUGCCUCUUAUCCUCAAAACAGAAGCCAUAAAAGAUGACAGACCUGAAUUUGCAUCUCUUCAAGCAAUUCUUUAUGGACCAUAUCUUCUCGCCGGUCAUACCUCCAGAAAUUGGGACAUUAAAGCUGGUGCUAACACAUCUGUUGCAGAUUGGAUUACUCCAAUUCCUUCCAGUUACAAUAAUCAACUAGUUUCUUUGUCACAAGACUUUGAAAACUCAACUUUUGUUAUAACAAACAGAAACCAAUCACUCUCAAUGCAAAACUUGCCUGCAGCUGGAACCGAGUUCGCUCUUUAUGCUACCUUUAGACUUAUCCAAAAAGACGCUACUAGUAAAUCAGUGAUUCUAGAACCAAUUGAUCUACCUGGAAUGACCGUAAGUCACCAAGGACCAGACCAACCUCUUAUCAUUGUAGAUUCCUCCCACGACGGGCCUUCUUCGAAUUUUCUAGUCGUACCAGGAUUGGACAGACGAAAUCAGACCGUAUCUUUAGAAUCAGAAAGCAAUAAAGAUUGUUACGUGCAUAGUGAUAUGAGCCAUGGUUCAGGACUUAAGCUCAAGUGCAAGUCUGAUUCUGAAGCUAGUUUUAACCAAGCAACAAGUUUUGUUUUUGGGAAAGGACUAAAGCAAUACCAUCCUGUUAGCUUUGUAGCUAAAGGUGCAUACCGGGAUUUUCUUUUAGAGCCAUUAUUCAACUUCAGGGAUGAGCAUUAUACAGUUUAUUUCAACAUUCAAGGUUAGGCAAGUUUACCAUAGAAAUGUUCAAAUAAUGAAAAUUUAGUUGUAGAAAGAUUAGCGGAUGGAUUUCUUGUGCUUGGUGUUCUAAAUGCACGAAAUGGAUUGAUUUUUUCUACUGAUUUAUCAGUGGAAUGUAAAUGGAUUAAUGAAUUGUUUUAAUAAUCUAUUAUAAUUUAUAUAAAAAUUUAUGCAAUCCUUUUAUUUGCCA